AGGCAUGGGCUGCCAAGCACCCAGGCUCAUUGCGACGACAGACUGGAUCAGCUGUGGGCAGCCAAUGGACCGCCGCAUGGGUUAGGGUUGGACGGAUAGAAUGAUACUUGUACCCCAGCCACCGGUACCGUACCGGUAUUGUGAGGUUUUAGUUUAUCUGGGAUGGGCAAGGAAGAACUUACCCGGACGAAAUUUAGUGACAUCAGCGAACCUCAUUUCUUAAACAACCUCCCCCGGCGCUCGACCAACGUUUUUGACCAAUAUGCUCGUCAACUACUCUGAUAGCGAAUCCGACUCGGGAGGUCAAGAACCCGACCCAUCUCCUCAGAGGUCCUCACUUUCCAGAAAAAAGAUAGGGUUGUCCGCUCUACUCCCAAAACCAAAAGGGCCACAGAAAAUCGGCCAGGAUGGCGACAUUGUCGCUGCUGGCCCCCAAAAGUUUAUUGUCAAUCUCCCGAAGCUCGACACGCAGGGUGACAAUGCAGACGGCCCACCGGCAAAAAAGAUACGGACUGGCGGAGGUGGUUCUGGAUUAAGCGCAAUGUUGCCUGCUCCGAGAAGAUCAGGGGCUACAGCAAGGGCUGACCCCAAACCAUCACCUUCUCCAAUUGAACAUGGGACGGACAGAGAGGCAGGUGAAGCUGUGAGAGAACUAACCCCAGCUGGUCGAGCUGUAAGCAGCCCAGCUGUGUUCGUACCGCAGUCAGUAGCUAGAAACCCCAUCCAACCAGCAAGCGCAUUCAAGAGGCCUUCGGGGAAUGGAGCAGUGAAGGCUAGAAGUCAAGUGCCCGCCAAAAACAAAGUCUCCCUAUUUGGGGCAGGUGAGUCUGGUCAUAUACUAUAUACUAUAUCGUCUGUUAGCGGAGGCUUACUGUUCCCGAAACUAGGAACGAAAUCUUCUGCAUCAAACAGGCCAAACAAGAGGACUGUACCGGCCGGCGAAUAUAAACCUAUAAUGGUUUCCGCAGCGAAACCAGCCAGCAGGCCACAGGGUGCGGAUGGCAGUGAAGAAGACCCUUAUAGAAGCGUUGGAGAUGAUGUCCCGGUAACAGUCGCAGAUGGGGAGACUUCUUACCCAGCUCAGGUUGAUCAUCGGGAUGCACCGGAGGACCUUGACGAAAUCGCCCGGCAAGCAGGAUUGGAUGAUUCCGCCGUAAGCUCUUUACUAUCGCUCGUGCUCCGCUGGAUUCUGACAAGAAAUAGAUGCGUCAGCUCUAUGGCCGCCGUGGGCGACAGGAUGCGCCGAUCCCCAUAUCUACAUUUAGCGUUGAUGAGGAAUACAACAGUAAUGAAUUGAAGCGGUCGUUGGGGCUAAUGGAAGAGGUGAAACCAGUCAGGAGCAUUGCACCGGGGAAACAUCAAUUGUCUUCCCUGCUCAAUGGUGAGUUUGCAGAGCGCUCCCCCGAGAGACUUGGAAGGUAUGCAUUUCCUGACUUCAUGUGUCGUAGCCGCGCAAGCGCAGAGGGGUGCAUUGGAGGAAAGCUUUGCUCAGGGAAAAAGAAACAAAAAGGAGGCUGGUUCAAAGUAUGGGUGGUAGCCAGCGAUGUAAUAUAUAGGUCGGUUGCAAAGAAAGUAUUUUUUUUUCAGUGCAAUUGCUGUGGGAAGAACAUCUAAUGGAGACCCUUGUGUUGCGCUAAUAUUUUUAUUUUUUUACCCUUCACUUGCGCGUCCUCUGUGCACAGCUCUUUGGAUAUCAGAUAGCCAGUGAAUGAGCCGCGUACUAUGCCCCUCUUACCCCCAUACGCCACCCCUUGUUCAUCGGAUCCUUAACGCCGCUGUUCGUUUGUUCCAUCCCAUCCACUUCCUUCUUCCCGAUUUCACCACAAACCUCCACCUCUCCCUCACCCCUUCCCUCCCAGCCAUCGCUAGACACUUCUGUGUCUCUCUUUAACCUCCUCUCCGGCUCGCUCCAUUACUUUCAUCUCCGGAAAAAUACAUUUGCUUUAACGAUUCUAAGUAAUUUCUUCAUUCCUGGAUUUAUUGCGGUGGUUUGCACUGGAGGAAAACAAAAAUGGCACCCAUUGAUGGUUCCUUUUUCCAUCCUUUUAAUCGUUGGCCUUUCACCCCUUGUUUAACUGGAAAUGCGACUGCUUCCUCCCCUUCACCUCCUGUUUGCUCUUGCAAGAAUUUUCUAGGGGAUUCCUUUGGAGAAUCUAGCUCUUCCGCUGGACAUCGGUGUUUAGCUGGAUUCACCCCUCCUACUCCGCAGUCUAGCCAGGAAGCACUGGUUCCUAGUAGGACUGAACCUAAUAUGAACAAGGAUAUUUUCGGGAGCUCUGUGGCCGUCGAGUCUCACCGUCUUACAUCUGUCCCCGAGAGUUAUGAGGCACAUCGGAAUAAUUCAUCUGGGAAGGCUGUUGCUAGAAGCUCUGAUUUUGUUACGACCGGAUUUUUUAAGAAUGAAGGUGAUAUGGCAACCAGAGUCACAAUUCCCGAUCAUCCUGAACCAAAAAAAUCCGGCAUUGAAACGAUCAGGAGUAGCCUGAAAUCAAGUGAUCUUGGAGCUAGAUCUCUGCCGGUGCUUAAUCCUGUUGGGCCCAAAACACCACAAAAAAAUAUCUGGAAGCGUACCUCAUCAACUGAACUUGCUAGGGGGGUUUCCGCAAAUACUUCCUGGAACAAUAAUAAGAGCACCCGUCCAAUUGAUAAGCCUUGGAGGGGACCUUCCGGUUCCGAAACGCGCUCUUCUCAAAAGCUCGCAACCUCUGGUGGUAUGGCCAAGGGGCUACCAUCUACGGACGGGGGCAUACCCCCGUCUUUGAGCAUCGGGUCUGGAAGCUGCCUCAAAGAGAAUAUCCCCAACCGGAAGACAAUUCUCGGUUGCUCGCAAUGUGUAUUCGAACCAAAAAUCAAGGUUAUUCCUUGCGGCUGCCUUAUUUGCCUAGCCUGUGGAGGUAGAUUCUGGGGAGCUGGUCGUUGCACUGAAAGUGUUUACUGUGGAUGCGGUGAGGUAAGAAUAUCACUAUCUUUUUCUGGCUAGACACGACUCUUAACGCCUAUUAGCUUGUCUCAUGCAUGAUCAACUUGGACUCUACAAAUCGCCAACAACCGCAGAACUACCAGAGUUUCCCUCAGCCUGCAUUCAACCCCCUUCCCAAGUUUUCUGCUGGGCUCGUCGCGGCUAGUACGCCGGUCUCAACUCCUAUGCAUGCAUUUGUGUCUGGCUGGCAAAACAACCAGACUGCAGCGUUUCCAUAUGACACACCCGCGCCCUCUGUCACUGUCGAUAGCCCUCUCCCUUUGCCUGCCGCUGGGGUUGACAGUAUUAGUAAUUUUUUGCUUAUGGAUGCUGAAACUGCUAUCCAAAAUGCGCCGUUGGCGGAACUGGGCAGGUACGGCAUGCCUCAGAACUGGGCGUGUGUUAGAGUAGGCAACGUAGGUAUCUUUUAAUCCGUUUAACGGCCCCAAGCUAAUGGACAAGAAUAGAUUCCUUACAAUGUGACAACAUCAGAGCUCACAGAGUUUCUGGGUAAGAACUCUAAUAUCAUUCCGGAUAGUACGGAGAAUGUUGGGGUUCAUGUCAUCAUGGACAGGUCUACAGUGAGUAAACGCUUGGCUUUGGCUACUAGAGUUAUAUUUACUAAUGUAUAUAUAUCUAGGGAAAAACUAUGGACGCGUUUGUUGAGUUCAUGACUCCAAAGGAUGCCUGGAAGUGUGUUGCGCGACGCAAAAGUCGUGUGCUCGGGAAUAGACACCUCACGCUGGAUGUUGUCGACCCCUCCGAGCUCAUGAAAGAGAUAUUUCCAAGGGCGAAGGGUGUAAACUGGGAUGGCGUUAUUCCCCUUGUUUCUCAUGACCCGGAAUACUCUGGGAGGAGCCCAGAGAUAUUGGGUCGAGAGGAGCUAGUAUUAAUCGUUAAUCAUGCAAGGACUCCUCAUAGGGUUUGUAUUUAUAUUAUCUCCCCACAAAUAAGGAAUCGUGCUAAUAGUGUGCCCACCAAGAGCCCCUUUAGUCGCAAAUGCCUGCAAAGACCCUUUCAGUCUUUACUGUCGAUUGUCUCGAAGUUCCCAUGGUUUGCUGUGGAUUUCUACACCAUCGAACAGCGGGAUUAUAUCUACCAAGCUCUUCUUUCCGCUGUUGAGAUCUUGAAACGCCACAUCAAGAGAGGGAAAGCUAUGCCAAACUUGGAUCAAGAGUUGCUCAAGAGCCUUGUGAGGGUGGGUGCUAUGUGUUCUGGAUUCACCGAUGUUCAGAGACACGAGUUGGUCAAAAUAGCAGAGUUCGGAGCAGAAGGUAUCUACUUGGAAGAAAUUAUGCCUGGCUUUCACAUAUUUCGCGCUUUGGGGAGGAGACCGGGUGCCGAUCGUAAGAUGCUUGAGGUUUGCACCCUCCGUAAAAACCUCUAGCUUCCUGAUCUAAAAUUGAGCCUAGUUUUAUGCCCUGAUCUUGCAGCUCGCUGGCCACUCCUUCUUGGAGCCAGCAGCCAGCCCCGGAGAUAGUGCAGAAGGGGCUAUGAACCCGGGCAGGGCUCAGAUGACUAUGGCCGAGGCUUCCGAACAUGAAUGGCAGGCUGUUGUCGGUGGUGUUAGGAGCGUCUUGCCUCCAAAGCUUUAUCCGAGAGUUCAGAGCAACAUCGGUUGGCGCGAAGGGUAUCUUGCAUAGAAUCUGCUUUGGAGACCCUCUGCACCAUAUGGCGACUAAGUUGGGUUUCUUUUCCAGCAUUUCCGCUUGCUUUUUUCCCCUCCUUUUUCAAUCAAUCAUCUAUUCUUACAGUGGCUGUCAUUGCGGAAUAUUAGUUGCACUCGUGAUUUUAAUGUUGAUCGGUUCCAGGGGGAGUACUGAUGGGGGGAAGAGUUAUGAUAAAAUGCCUUAGGAGGCUUUCACAUGAUUUGUGGAGAUUGCAUCAUGUUUUCGAUGGUUCUCAAGUAAACACGAAAAGAGAUACUAGUUGAUGAUAUUCUGUCACGACUCAAUUGUAGCCGAUUACUCCGCCAUGGUUCUGCGGCAAUAAAUGAAAAUUUUAUAG